GAGUUGGUCGUCGCAAAAGCGAGGAACGUUACACCCUGACCAGUCGCGGAGGCGAGAAUUCCACGGUCACAUUUUACGUGGUCGACAGCAUGGACGACAUCUUGACGGAGGAAGAGAUCGCAAACCUAGUCCAUGAUUCCGCGCCAGCGGCAUUGCCGCAGCAACCCGUGAGAAUCAACAUGCAGCUCAUCCGCAAAUGUAUGAGUUUGCCGCCCAGUGCUCAUGCGACUGCCGUCGACGACGAUGAUGCAGAAGUCGAAUCGUUGCUAGCCAAGACGGUGCUGCGCCUCGACUGGCAGGGCAUCUCCAAGAUCGAGAACCUGGACGUGUUCUCGCAUAUUCGGGACCUGUACCUGCAGCACAAUGCAAUUCAAUGCAUCGAGAACCUCGACUUCCACGUCCACCUCGAGUUCCUGGCGCUCUCGCACAACGACAUUACUGAGGUGACGAACGUGCUGCACUUGACUAAGCUCAAGUUUCUUGACCUUUCCCACAACAAGAUCGCCCGUGUCGACGUUGAGCACCUCCCGCCGUCGCUCGAAGUCGUUCGGUUUGCAGGAAACCCGUGGGCGCAAGCAGACCACGAGUACCAAUUGACGCUAUUUGAGGCGUUGCCGCGGCUGCAAAUUGUGGACCAGUUCCGUCGGCAUUCGAGCGGCGCUGACAGCCCAACGUACCAUGGCGAUGCCCUGCGCCAAAGCGUCGAAAGCCAGCCAUCGCCGUUCGACGCCACCACGUCGUCCCGUGAUGCGAUCAAGGAGCAAAAGGACGCGAUGAGCGCCCGACACGCAGACAGGAUGAAGCAGCUCAAUGCUAGUCUGAAUGAGCAGAAGAAUCUAAUCGUGGAGCAGUCCAUGAUGCGUAUGCGUGAGCGGCGGCAGAAGCUCCAGCAGCAAACAGAGUCCUUCAUGGCGGAAGCAGCGUCGCACGUGCAGGCAUUACAUGCCAAGCACGAGCUGUGGCGCAAGGCGCAGCUCGAUGCCUCUACCCACGCGUCGUAGUGACACGCGUGGUAAUCCUGGAAUGGAACAAGGAACCAAUUGCGUGUUAUACUUGAUAUCCUCGUUUCUGCGCGCCCGCGAGUUUGUCGACAAUGUCGCUGAUCACAGGGAGGUUCAGGACGGUGCCAAUGACGGGGGUCUGACGUAGGAAUGCCACUGCCACGGGGAAGAACGACCCAAAGAGGUUCAAGAACCCAAACGAUUGCACAAUCAUACCGAUGAUCGGCCAACGAACCAUGACGAGGACGAUGCCACCCAGAAAACACACAAUGCCGCGCCAGCGUUCCGGCCGCGUGAAGAAUUUGAUUGUUCGUGUCAGGCCGAUCGUGAGCGCGAGACCCGAGAGGAAUAGAACAUCACCGAUAGCGAGGAGCGCAGAGUCGAAGAAAAGCAUGACUCCUAGGAACAAGAAAGCAAAGCCCAGGCCCAGGAGCAGCGUGCCGAUCUUGCGGUUGUCGUCGAAGUUCAUCGCUGUGCGCGCGGUGUCGUCACGACUUUAAAUGAGCGAUUGGGAACUCUUCCAACCGGUCCAAG